GGCGACUGAAAUGAAGAUGCAGCGGAAGGCGGAUCGCCAUAACUGCGCCACCGCACUGAAGGAGGCGCAUGAAUCGGAGAAUCCCUGGCACAUCCCGGAACCUCCACUCCGACAGGAGGGAAUGGUGUCCGAGCCGCCCUUCACCAGCCGACACCAGAAAGACGCAGCGCGGAAACGAGAGGCCAGAUAUCGUGGGGGCCUGGAUGAGUGCAGCAAUGCUGAGAAGCAAGUCAAGGCGCCCGGCUUGGAGUACGUGGAGGAACCAGAGGUGAAAACCCAGCGGCAACUCCAUCAGCACAGGAAGGAUCAGAUCCUCAAAGGCCUGGCUGAAGGGGAGGCGAACUCUGACUUCGUCCCCAUCGAGGUGCGUCACACGCGAACCGAAUUGGAAGAGCAUGAGGCGCGACGUCCGGAUCCCCACGCCAUGACGCAGAACAAGCUGCUGGACGCGCGGAAACGCGAAUACCUGGAGUACAACAUGCGAAACUUUCCGCAUGUUUACAAGCAGAUGCCCAUGUUCUCGGAACAGGAGGAACAUUGGUGGAAGAUGCGCAAGACCUACGUAGCUGAACCGUGGAUCAGCAAAAAUAAGGAGAAACCACUGACCGGCAAGGUGACUGAGACUUUCUUUGCUGAGCCCGAAGAAGAACAGGAUUACACGGUCGCCGCGGGCGGCAACGCGGUGGACGUGGCACGCUUGGAGCACAUCCCGCGAUGGUCGCAGCACUUCCUGCCGAAAGGUUUGAUGGCCAAAGUGCCACGACACUUCGAUCGACUCUUUGAAGGGGCCGAUGGAGUGGCGGAGGGAGUGAAGAACGCUCCAUCGCUCAGCACGGAUACGGCUCCGCUGGAUUCCUUCUCCAGCUUUC